CUUGUGUUACUGAACUCAAGAUAUGUCGCUGCAACACAAGUUAAUAUAUGUCAGUGUGCUGGUCUACAGGAUCUGUUUCUGAGUUCACCAUCUUUUCUGAACUGCAGAAAAUCAAUUUGAUCUUCAGAUAAGCUCAAGAUCAUGGGCUCGUUAGAUAAAUUAUUUAGAGGGUCAGUAAACAAAGUUUCGAGGGAACACUAUGAUGGCAACUGGCAUGAAGGCAAUUCACCUGAUCACAUCAAAGGUGCAUAUGAUGAGAGGACACGGAGGAAGAUCCUAAUAAGGGGAAUGCCAUUGGUUAUACCCAAGCAAUUUCUCUUCCCCUCAAGUGGAUACAGGUAGGCAGCAGCCAGAAGGCUGUCAAUUGUAUGCCUUGCUCUAGGACGUACAUUGCCGACACAUAUCUUGACGCCUUGACGGGACAGCUUUCUGAACACCGGGACUUAACUGAAGUAUCUGAUACUGCUGACUUGUGUAAAGGACUUACUGAUGACCUUGAUGUGCCUAUGGUUUCAGAAGUGCACAGGCAACUGGUUGGUGAAGGUUCCCACCGCCGUUUAGUCUAUUCUGUCAAAUUUGGUAACUGCAAAGAUGCUAUGGUAAAAUUCCUUGAUGGCUAUGAUGCCAAUCUGGUGAUAAUUGAAAAGCUCCCCAGUGGGGUAUUUGCUGACCCGUUUGAGCUUCAACAUUUUGUUGAGCGGAAAGUUUUUCUUGAUGUUGGGGUUUUUGGAGACACAAAUCUUGAACUACCCUCAGCUCUGUCCAACCGGUCAGCUAUCGAGAUUCAUUUCGAUCUCAAGUCAAGCAAGUCAAUGGACUGUAACCUUGUAGUAGAGCUUCCUCUCCAUGCUAGAUACCCGCCUCUGGAUACCAGCGGUUAUGCUACUGUUGAGUUCCAAAGCCCGGACCUACUCGUCCGUUACAGGAAAAAGGAAACCCAUCCCGGUUCCUGCAUAUGGGUGCUCCAGAAUCUCGACACCGCACCUUUGGAGAAAGCCGUGUGGCGCGUACCCUGCGGACACAAAGCGCACAUGGGAUUCGUGUCUAGCCUCACUUUCCUUUCGGCCCUGGUUUGCUCCAUGUCCAUAGUCCUAGCAGCGUCCCUGAUAUCCUGAUGCAAGUACUGAAACAAAAUGGAUUGAUGUAGUUCAGCAGCGAUGAUGGACUUGUUUUUGUAGAAGAGUUUUACACGGCAUUUAACGCAUACUUUUACUGGUCUGUCAUGGAAAAAAGGAUGCAGCCUUUUUCAUAUUCGAGAAGCAACAUUGUACUGUGGUAUUAUCUGGAUGGCUGGGUCAGAAGCUACAUUGUGCUGUGGUAUCAUCGUCUUGGUUUGAAACUGGGUUUGUGAUGGGCUUCUGCUGAGUAGUCUCGAUCACGAUCACAGUAAUCUCCACGUCAGGUUUCUCCGGUCUGCUUCGCCUAAUGAAUGCCGUCUCUGAUGGAUAGGAACCUUGCUGACACGGCCGUCUCUUUGCUUGUGGUCUAAAUCGACCGCCUCGUUCGCCCGGGUCAGCGUCAACUUCGCCUGGUAUAAUGGCGUAUAUCUUCGGACAGCGCAAGGCGUGAAAAUCUAAAUGACUAUAUCCUUGUUUUGGCGCAUCUGGAACCCGAAAUGUAUGGAGGAAAAUACAUGUUACUUCUUACUUUGACCAAGCUAAUGAGGAUCUGGUCAUUCAUACUGUAGCAAUUCACACAUUUUCAUAAGAAUCAGAAAAUUUUAUAAUUUGAAUUUAUAUCAGUAUAUUUCGGAACUUUUACGUUAA